AGAGGUGUGGGUAGGGACCUUAGUUCAUUACUGAUGAUAAUCUCUCUCUCUCUCUCUUUUUUUGUUGUUGUUCCCUAGUGUCAGCAGACAUUUUGAGGGCCAGGGUGGAGAUAUGAGAUGUUCAGUUUCCUCCAAGUCUCAGGCAAUAUUGAUAACCGUCUGGCCAGUGGGGUCCCGAUCCUAUUUCCCCUUUCUCAGUGGGGCUUGGAGGCUGGUGUUGCCAUGGUGAUGAAUUUUCUUUUGGUGUGGCAGCACCCUGUAUUGGGGUGGCUGUCUUACUGAGGGCUAUAGUAACAACCUGUCCUGUUUUCUGCUCUUGCCAAGCUCCUAGGACUGUAUUCAACAAUUGCCGAGGACAUAGCUUCCUUGGCCUUCCCCCUGAAGUCACUCUGAUGGGCCCUGGCUCUUGGAAGCUGAGCUACAACAACUUUCAACAACCUGAUCAGGAGCUCCUUUCAAGGGCUGUGGAGAUUUUGGGCACUGCUCCCCACAGUGAUCUAUAGCCUCCACCCCCAGAGGCCUCUAGCUUAAGCUUGGAUCAGCUCCGGAGCUACAACUGGCACAUCUAUUUCCCACCUGACUUUUCUGAAGUUCUGGGCUCCUUUGAAAGAGCUGAGUCUUGUAUACAAUUUCCUUAGAGCCCUGAACACUGAGCAUUUGUAGAGAUCCUGGAACUUCUUGAGCGGAGCCAUUAACCAGUUGGUUAUAUUAAAGCUUGGCAGUUUUUAGGGGUAUGGGCUGAAGUCUUGACCUUGCAAUAGGUAUUUUUAUUUCUUUUCCCUGAACUAGUUGAAAUAUUCCAUUUCAAGAAAGAGGUGGACAUCUGCCACAGGCAUUUGGCUCCAGUUUGCAAACAAUCCCUCUUAUACAAAUUUGACUUUGUAGAAGAGUGUUUGGAAUGCAGGCCUGCCAUUGUAAAUAGAAAAUUUUAGGUAACGAGGGGCUUGGAUCUCUGGCAAGAUCAGUACUGACGUAUUGUGCUGAAUACUAUAAACACAGAAGGAUCUUUAAGGUUUGAGGCCAGAGUUAGUAUAAAUAGAAAGGUAUAUCAGAGGCAUGACCCUCUUUGCCUUCCUCCAGUUUAGUUUUAGUGGUUGUCAGACAAUAAACAGUAAACACCUGCUCUAUGCCAGGCAUUGUGCUAAGUGCUUGGGACAAAGAAAAGCAAGAUAAUCUCUGCUCCUCUGCUCGGACUGAUGAAACAAUAUGAAAAUUGUAGAAAUAGAGAUAGCAUGAAUUCAGGAUAAUUAGUAGAGAGGAGGGAUUAGCAUUAAGGGAAAGCAGGAAAGGCUAAGAGUGGUAGAGGGAGAGCAUUCUGGGCUGCUUCUCCAUUUCUGUUUUAAGAGUACUAAACCUUCAAUUCCUCCCAUAUUCUCCACUUCUGACCCAGUAUUAUGACUAAUAUAAGAUGCCAAAAUCCUUCCCAAGACUGGGUUUCCUCUUUGGGGAAUGCAGGAAGUGGGCAGAAGAGAUGGCAUGCAGCAAAUGUGGAUAAGGUUUCCAAGAAAACCUGUAUUAAUAUUUCCCACUGCAGCCUUGCAAAUCUUAGGACUCAUGAGACAAAGUUCCUUGGCCUCCAUUAAGACCAUAGAUCUGUAUGCCCUAUGAUUUGGGGGAAAAGAAGGGGUUUAGUCUGAGCUUGUAGAUGAUGUUCAAAGAAAAGUGCUUAUAAGUUCUAUUUUGACUUGCAAGUUGAUGACUAACUUCUUCAUUGAUCCAUCUGCAGUUCUAUCCUCCAAAUCUGAAUUGGGUUUGGGUUUCAGGAGAAAUAAACUUAUUGGAGAAUGGUUUCUUUUUGUUGUCCCUUUUCUAGUGUGGGGAGUAGAAGGAAUCCUGAGUUUGGAAAGUACUUGUUAUUUGUUACCACCUACUCAUCGGCGCCACCCUCCCAUCUUCCCCGUCUGCCUACAUUUCCAGUUGUCUUACAUAGUCAUACCUCAAUGUCUCCAUACUCAAUGCCUCAUAUGUCCAAACUAUGACCUGGUGAUUUAGAAUAAAAAAUUGAUUGCUUAUUGUCUAUCUGAUGCACAAGACAUUGCUCUAGAAACUGAGGAAGACAGGAAAAAAUGGAAUCAUUGCCCUUAUACAUCUUGGGAAGAUAAAGUCAUUUAAACAGAUGCACAGCAGGAUAUAAGUGCCUUGAGAAAGAUAGAGGUACAGCAGGGACAAAGGUACAGGAACAGGAAAUCUUGGGGACAAGGUUACAUGAUGGAAGCAUGGGACAUACGAGGGAAAUAAACAUAAGAGUGCUACAUGUAUGUCAUAUCAAAUUGCUGUCUUGGGGGGGGGAUUUGUCUUUACAUAUAACUGGAAAAAAUAUUAAAAUAAAAAGGAUGAGUGGUAAACUGACAAUGACCUUGAAGAUUUUUAAGCAAGGAAGUAAUGUGAUGGGGACUUUGCUUAGGAAUAUCCAUAAGAUCACACUAGAAGAGAUAUUGGAGGUUAUCUAGUUCAACUUUCUCAUUUUAUGGAUAAUGAAACCUCUGAAGCUCAGAAAGGUAAAGUUGCCCUAAGGUCAUACAGGCAGUAAAAGGUUUGAGGCUCAGGUGUGGGGAUUCCAAAUAUAGCUCAUUUCUGCUGCCUCUAAUCUGCCUUGCUACUGUCAAGGAUUGACUGGAGGCAAGCAGACUAGAGAUGUUAUUUAGAAUAGUCCAGGUGAGAUGCUUUGAACUCAAGGGGUGACAGCAGCAGUGUUGACAAAAUUGUAGUGAGUCGAAGCUGGAUUGUGAGGCGGCUUUAAGGAGAAGGUGCAGUUAAUAUAUGUUACUCUUUUAAAAAAAAAAAAAAAGGGAUUUGAAUUGAUGACAUCUUUUAUUUUUACAAGGCCUUUAUUUUCCCCUAGAUCUCGUUCCUUCCCAGAAAGCAAUGUCUUGAAAAAAAAAAUUUUUUUUAAGAGAAAAAAAUUGAAGCAAAUCAGUAUACAGAAAAAACAUGACAUGCAAUGUUCCACACUGGUGAACUAUCUCCUUCCCACAUACCUCAAGAAAGUGGAAGUAAUAAACUAUUAUCGACAGCCAGGUGGUGAAAUGAUUUGAACACUGGGCCUAGAAUCUGGAAAACUUGAUUUCAGAAUCCUGCCUCAGGUACUUUUUAGCACUGUGAUCUUGGGCAAGUCACAACUUCUGCAUCAGUUUCCACGUCAGUCAGUUGGGGAUAAUAGCACCCACUCUGUAGGUUAGGACCAAAUGAAAGCAUAUCUGUAAAACAAUACAGUGCCUGGAAAAUAUUAAAUGUGAUAUAAAUUCUUAUUUUCCUCCGUUCUCCCUUCAGGCUAUCAUUGAGAUAUUUUAAUUUAGCAAAAUAAAGAGAACAUCUGAAAAUGGUAGAAGGGAAAAGGCUAGCAGAGUUCUGAGAAGCUGAUAGGAAAACUAUAAAAUAGUAUAUCACCUUCAUUUUCCAAUAUUUCUCCCCCUUCCAGAGAAAAAGAAUAAAAAAAAAAUUCAAAACUAACCACAUCAGCUGAGGACAACAGUAUAUCAUUUUUUAUAUUCACAGUACUCCACCUCUACAAAAGGAAGGAAUUUUUUAGUCAUAUCCCUUCAAAAUCAAGCUUAGGUCCUUGUAAUUGUCAGAUUUUUUAUUUUAUUUUUAUACUGUAUAUAUUGUACAUAGUUGUGCAUGUUGCUUAUCUAGUUCUGCUUAUUUGCAUUAUGCUUCUCUAGUCUUCAUAGCUAUCCUUUUUUAUGGAGCAGCAAAAUUCCAUUACAUUCAUAUGUCAUGCUUUGUUUACCUGUUCCUCAAUUGAUGGACACCUAACUUAUUUCCACUUAUUUAUUAUUUGUGCAAAAAUUUUUUAUGUAUAUUCAAAUCUUUGAUUCUUUGAUCUCUUUGAGAUAUGUGCCUAGUAGUGGCAUAUGGAUAUAUCAAAGGGCAUACAGUUUGGUCAAUUCUUAACAUAUUUUAAAGUACUUUACUGAAUGAUUGGGCUAGAUCACAGAUGCACUAACAAUUUAGGCUUCUUUUUCCACAAUUAAGAAUUAUAAGUGAUAAAAGAAAGGAUCUGAAGGAGGUGGAAGAAUCCUGUCCCAACCUUGGGUAUGAACAGGGCCCCAAACAGGGGACCAAUCUUUUCAGGGCAAACAGGAUUAGUUAAGGGAAGAUGAAUAAAGCAAAUAAAUGAAUGAAAGCUAGUGUAGCUUACCCACAGGGACUUUACUGUUGCCCAGUAGGAAUCAGUGUAGGUGGAAGGGACUUUGGAGGUCGCGUUUAUUAGACAAGGACUUAAGAGAAUUUGCCCAUCUGUCUAUAUGCUUACUAAAUUUUCAAAAGUGCUGGAAGAGAAGGAAAUUUGAGCCCAGAAUCUUGGUAGUUUGACCUUGAAAGGACCAUAAGCGGUCCUCUUCUCCCAAACUCCUAAUUUUACAGAUGGGGAAACUGUGGCUCAGAGAAAUGCGAGACAUCCCUCCUUCCAAUGUGCAGUGCUGAAUAUAUUUGCAUUCUCGAAUCUGGAUUUAAAAUGGUCGAAAUAAGCAGUAAACAGCUGCUCAAACCAAACACGCGAAAACUGGCAGCGUGGGAUGAACCGGACGCCGAGCUGCGCUUUGUCUCCGCAGACGGAUAUCCCAGACGCACCUCCCCUCGGCAGCCGGAACCACGUGUUGCCCGGUGUAGGUCGGGACUGGGCUCAGUUUCCGGCCGGAAGAGAGAAGCCGGCGGUCCCGGAAGCCUCCGUUCGCAUUCCCCCAUCACCCUUUCCCGCCCGCCCCCGCUGCUCGAUCCGGAGCGAGACCGAGGUCGAGCCUGGGUGCCGUCUGUCCUUCCCCAAGAUGGCGGCAGGUCCGGGCCGGCGGCGGCGGCUGCUGCAGCUACUUAUGCAGUUCGGUUCGGUGCUGCUGACGCGGUGUCCAUUCUGGGGCUGCUUCUGCCAGCUCAUGCUGUACGCCGAGCGGGCCGACGCGCGCCGGAAGCCGGACAUCCCGGUGCCCUACCUGUACUUUGACAUGGGGGCCGCUGUGCUCUGUGCCAGCUUCAUGUCAUUUGGGGUGAAACGCCGUUGGUUUGCGCUGGGAGCUGCCCUCCAGCUGGCCGUCAGCACCUAUGCAGCCUAUAUAGGAGGCUAUGUCCACUAUGGAGAUUGGCUGAAGGUUCGAAUGUAUUCCAGAACCAUUGCCAUCAUUGGUGGUUUUCUGGUGUUGGCUAGUGGAGCCGGCGAACUCUAUCGUCAGAAACCACGAAGCCGAUCUUUGCAAUCUACGGGCCAAGUGUUCUUGGGCAUCUACCUCAUCUGUGUGGCUUACUCCCUGCAGCACAGCAAAGAAGACCGGCUGGCAUAUCUGAACCACAUCCCAGGAGGGGAACUCACACUCCAGCUGCUCUUCAUCCUUUAUGGUAUCCUGGCGUUGGCCUUCCUCUCUGGCUACUAUGUGGCCCUGGCUGCUCAGAUCCUGGCUGUGCUGCUACCUCUUAUCAUCCUCCUCAUUGAUGGAAACAUCAUCUAUUGGCACAACACUCGGCGAGUUGAGUUCUGGAAUCAGAUGAAGCUCAUUGGCGAGAAUGUGGGCAUCUUUGGGGCUGCAGUGAUCCUGGCUACUGAUGGCUGAAUGACACCCAUUAGGGAUGAUGGGGUGAGAAGGGAAGUUUUUUUGGGGGGGAGGGGUGCAGGGGAUUUUCUUCCACAGGCUGUUUAUUUAUGCUUAAAAAAACCCCAAAAACUUCUUUUGUAGUGAUUGGCAUGAAAAGGGUCUUUACCCUGUUCUCUUAGGAAAUGCACUUUAAGAAGAAGCCCUUGCACCUGGCAUGGGAUAUGGAUGCUGAACUUCUCCAGGGCUUCUCUGACUUAGGGAGUAUUUAUUUCAGGAGAGGAACCUCUGGGAAGAUCAGGGGAGGAUUGUGGCUUUUGAUGGGAAUUGGGGUGGGUAGAGGGAGAAGAUGAAUGGACAGAAGCAGACCAGGACAUAAGCAAAGACACAGAGGAAGACAAGGACCAAAUGUAUAUAUUUCUUCUUGUACAACUUGUAACUAGUACAGUUAAAUUCUUGAUGGAAGCAUUAUAAUGGUAUGUGUGUGAGAGAAGCAGCAUGGACCAGACUCAGAAAUAGCCAAAGAGACUCACCCAGACCACUUUAACUAGAUCUCUGGAUUAUUGGAGGACAGAAACAUAAGUUUGUUCCCAUCAACCCCCUUCACCAAUCUGCUUAAUAUUCCUUCUGGACUGGAACUCAUGGUAAGGUGAUUCAGAGCAUGUCUGUUCUCCAACCCACUGUCCCUACUUUGAUUGAAGACUUCUCCAGGCUCUGCCACAUCUUUGCUCCAUGUUUUGAGGUGGGUGGGCAUCCUGGGGACAAGAGUACCUCAUUCCCUCUCCUUUUCCUUGCUUCUCAAUCAGCACAUUUCACAUUUUCAGAAAUAAACACUCUGUAUACACCUAUA